AUGUCUGAGAUACAAGAAAAUCAGUGUGAAGAAAAUAAUCCAUCCACGUCACAAACAGCAGUUCGUACUGUACCCUCAGAAAAUAAUUUUCUUAAUAAUGUGGAUGGAGUUCAAAAAAAUCAUCAAGAAAUGCCGACUUCAGCAUCAAGUUCACAAGAAAUUGUCGACAAAAUAUCAUCAAGGGUUAAUGAACUCAAUGUAAACGAUGUUUCAAAUCAAAAUGAUAACAUAAAUAUCAACACCGAACAAAUCACAGGGAAUGCAAGCUCUUCUAGUAGUCGGAAAAAUAAAAAUGCAAUAAAAAAAACAAGAAUAAAGACAUUGAAAGUUUUGAUGCCAAACGGUACAAGUCAGCCAGAAGUGGUUCAAACCGCACCUCCGCUUCCAACGCAAAAUGGUGUGAACUCAGUGUACGAAAUUUUCCUGAAACAGGUAGCUCCCUUGUAUGCUAAUACUAGUUCAAGUUAUUUAGAAAAUCUAGCAAAUCAUCCACAACUUCAUUUGAUGCAAAGGAUGCAAUUGAGACAACUGUAUCAAAGUCAUCAAUUUGCCAAAUCUUUACCAAGUACUUCCUCAAUGCAACAAGCUCAUUCUUCAAACUCUUUUAAUCUAGCACCACCAGCUCAUCAACAACCACCUAAAUUUUUACAAAAUGCGAUGCAGCAUCCUUUGCUAAGUCAACAUUUAAUUAAUGCAAAUAAUUUUAAUUUACAACAAGCAGGACGUUCUUUCCGCCCAAUGACGAGAAGUAAUACAAUUCCAAAUUUUCAAGAAGCAUAUUCAAAUAAUUCUCCAAGACAACAUAAGAAACAGAGAAAACUGGACAUUAAAGAGAUUGAGGAUAGAAAGUUUGAAUCUUACAUGCCAAUAGAAGAAGUUGAACUAGGUUUAAAAAAUAAUAUGCUAUUAGAAGGAGUGAUAAGAAUAAAUCCUAAACAAUUUCAGCAUUCGUAUGUUUCAAGUACUGAUAGAAGCGAACAAGAUGUUCUUAUUGAAAGUGUUAAGAAUAGGAAUCGGGCAUUAGAAGGUGAUGUUGUUGUAGUACAAUAUAUUGACAGUGACACUGAAGAAGGUACUGGUACUAAUGAUGUUAACAAGCAAAAAAAAGGCAAAGUGGUUUUUAUUAAAGAGAAAGUACAUACUAGAUCAUGUAUAGGAAAUCUAAAGUUGAUGCCUGAUAAAAACAGACAAAAAGCCCUCUUUGUGCCAAGAGAUCAUAGAUUACCAAGGUUAAAUAUACCCUUUACAUGUUGGCCUGAUAAUUUUUACCAAGAUACAAAAGCUUAUGAAAAUACCUUAUUUUUAGCAAAAAUCAUUGCAUGGAAUGACGUCAGGUUUGCUUACGGUAAAAUAGUCUGUAAUAUAGGAGAGUCUGGCGACAUGCGUACAGAAACUGCAGCUAUUCUUGCUCAGACAGACUUAGAUAUAACCCCCUUUGGUCCUGAAGUAAGGUGUUUAUAUCCCUGUGAAGAUUAUACAAUUCCUGAAGAAGAAAUAAAAUUAAGAGAAGACUGUAGAAAAUUAUGUAUUUUUAGUAUUGAUCCAUCCAACUGCCGUGAUAUUGACGAUGCUGUUUCAUGCAGAAUGCUUGACAAUGGUAACUAUGAAAUUGGAGUCCAUAUUUCAGAUGUUGCUCACUAUUUGACUGAAAAUACAAUUUUAGAUGAAAAGGUAGCUGAAAAAGCUACAACUAUUUAUAUGGUUGAAAGAGCUUACCACAUGUUACCUGAUGAUUUAUGUAUGUUAUGUUCUCUAUUUCCUGGAGUAGAUAAACUUGCUUUCUCUGUGUUUUGGGAGAUUACAGAUAGUGGUAUAGUAAUUAGUCAUAGGUUUGCAAAGACCAUUAUACAUUCCUGCUGUCAAUUGUCUUAUGAACAUGCUCAAGAGGUACUUGAAUCUAAUGAAAAUGCUGAAAAAAAUUUUCCUGAAAUAUAUAAUGGGUUUAAUUAUGAAGAUGUACGUCAGACAAUUCAAAUAUUAGGUAAAAUAUCAGCAAUAUUUAGAAGAAAACGAUUUGAGGAUGGUGCAUUACGAAUUGAUCAACCUAAAGUGUGCUUCAGAAUAAGUCCUACAAAUAGUUUACCAGAAUCUUUCCAAAUUUAUGAAAGUAAAGAAAGUCAUCAGCUGAUUGAGGAGUUUAUGCUUCUUGCAAAUAUGACUGUAGCUAAAAGAAUAUAUGAUGACCAUCCAAAAUUAGCCUUCUUAAGAUGUCAUCCAUCACCCAGUACUUUUAUGCUAAAAGAAGUAGCCAAGUCGUUGAAGCCAAUGGGAAUAGAUUUAGAUAUUACGUCGGCUGGUACUUUGCACAAAUCUCUAUCAAUUUAUGCUUACCAUGAUAAUGCAGACAGGGCAAAAGCUAUGGUUUUAAGUAAGUUAUGUGCUAAACCAAUGGCACGGGCAAAAUAUUUUUGUGUGGGUAGUAAGGGUGAAGAAGAUUUCAACCAUUAUGCUUUAAAUGUUUCCUUGUAUACACAUUUUACUAGUCCUAUCAGACGCUAUGCAGAUAUUAUGGUUCACAGACUUUUGGCUGCUAGUUUAAAUGAUAGUGAUGGACCAACAUGGGAUGUAGACAAGGUCUGCAUGAUUGCUGCCCAAUGUAAUAAGCAGAAGUAUAAUGCUAAAAAGGCGGGAGAAUUAUCAACAGAACUAUACACACUUAAAUAUAUUGAACUAAACUCGCCUCUUGCUACUGAAGCAGUGGUUGCUGAAGUUAGAGAAAAAUAUAUUGACGUGAUAAUAGUGGCUAUGGGUUUAAACAGAAGGAUAUUUUUCAAUAAUGAUUUCCCUGGUGAAUUUAAAUGUAUCAAAAGUGAUGCAGGUAUAAGAUUAUCAAAAAUGGAAUUAACUUGGAAUGCGACUGAAGAUUUACCAGCUGUAACUCAGGUUAUUGAAGUUUUCUCAACACUGCAAGUAGUAAUGCACAAAGGAGAUGAUAUGGUGAAAGUAGAGACAAAGCUUGUAAGGCCGCAAUAGUACAUUUUGACCAAUUUUACACUUUGUAUAAUUUUUACUAGAUCUCUUUAGUUUUUAUUAUUUCAUUUUUUAUUUUACUAUUAGAAAAUAACAAAAUCACACCAAGUGGGUGUAAUUAGUUUUACUAUUUGAUUGUUUUGAGACAUGAAAUAAAACAAUGUUGUGAAGUAAAUAAUUGUAUAAGUGAUAUGUUUGAAAAAUUUUGACGAUAUUGUAUGAUUGGUUGAAAUAACUGACUAAAUAAUAUUUCGAUAUUUUACGUUUUUGUGAUUGUUCUUUUUUUAUGUAUAUGUAUUUCUUGAUUUGCCUUAUAUUUUUUUAAGGUUUUUCUUUGCCAUUGUUUAUCUUAGUUUUUUCAUAAGGAUUUAUUUGCAUGCUAUUUACACAAAAUAAAAUGAGAUUUAUGAAUUACAA